AUGGAGGCGCUUAAGCAAAUUAUUUUGAAUUUAAUUAUUAGUCAAAAUCCGAGAAAAUCGUGUACUUUUGUCACACACGUCUCUUUCUCUGUCUCUCUUUCUUUCUCUCUUUCUCUCUCUCUUUCUCUCUUUCUUUCUUUCUCUCUUUCUUUCUCUCUUUCUUUCUCUCUCUUUCUUUCUCUCUCUCUUUCACUCUCUCUCUCUUUCUCUCUCUUUCUCUAUCUCUUUCUUUCUUUCUUUCUUUCUUUCUUUCUUUCUUUCUUUCUUUCUCCCUCUUUCUCUUUUUCUCUCUCUCUCGCUCUCUCUCUCUUGCUAUGCGUGUUUCACUUUCAGGAUCGAGACAAAUAUAAAGACAAGAAACGAGAUCGUUAUGACAUAUACUUUUUUUACUUUUGUAUCUAUCUAUCUAUUUAUAUCUAUCUAUCUCAUUCUAUUCAUAUCUAUCUAUCUAUCUAUCUGCCACUUUGA